AUGGAAACCCUGCAAAGUCAUGGGGGAGUGUCACGUGAUAUGGAGGUACGAGGCGCCGACAUAUUCGAGCAUUUCUUAAGGCUCCGUCCACCGACUUUUGGGGUGGCACCCGACCCGGUUCAGGCUGAGCACUGGCUGUCGCGAAUCGCCAAGAUGAUGGGGCCUUUAGAGUGUACUGACUCUCAGAGGGUCACCUUAGCCGUAUACCUGCUCGAGGGAGAGGCCGAGAACUGGUGGAGCAGCGUGCAGAGAGGGGUGCCAGCUGGUUAUGCAUGCACUUGGGCCGGCUUCAGGGCAAAGUUCUUGGAGAAGUAUUUCCCACGUUCAUGCCGGAGCACGAAGAUCGCACAAUUCCUGAAGUUGGAACAGGGAAAUAUGACGGUCCCCCACUACGAGGCGAAGUUCGAUGAGCUAUCACGAUACAUGCCGAAGGCCUUCGAGGACAAGGAAUACAAACUGGAGAAGUUCAAGGAAGGGCUGAAGCCUGGGAUACAGUCCCGUCUAUGCACCUGGGAUUUCGGAGACUUCCCGGAAUUGGUAGAUAAAGCAAUGAGGGUAGAAAAAGACUUUGAGCGCACCAUCCGCUCCCGCUUACUAACUCGGGAUGCCCCAUUCCGACUGAGACAGCCUCCUCCUACCCCACCUGUCCCUGUAGGAAGACCUAGACCACUGGUCGCAUGA